AUGAUGUGCAGCGGGACAGCUCAUUUGGCCUACGAGAGCCGAUUUGCUGUUUGUUGCCCAAGAGAUGACUAUCUUGCAUUGAAGUGUGAACCGAACGCAUGGGAGAGCUUUGAGGAUUUUGAAGGUGACACUGACAGGACGCAAAGCCCAGCAUGUGAAUACCAAACCACUGUCAUGCUGAAGAACCUACCGGAAUGCUUCACUCGUGCCAGAAUGCUCCACAUCCUUCGAAGAGAAGGAUUUGAUUGCCUCUUCAACUUCCUCUAUGUGCCCUUAUGCUUUCAAGAGAAGCGCUCCCUUUGCUACGCAUUUGUGAAUUUCAUCGACCACAGCUCUGCCAAGCGCUUUUGCCAGACCUUUCAUGGUUUUCGAGCCUGGGGGGUUCCCAGCGAAAGCGUGGGUGAGGUGUGCUUUUGCGAGAGGCACCAGGGCUUGGAGGGCAUCAUCCGAUAUUACCGCAACAACAGUGUUAUGCAUUCCAGCGUGCCCGAUGAAUGCAAGCCGAUCCUGCUUCUCGGCACGCAGCGGGUGCCUUUCCCGAUGCCGGUGAAAAAGAUCAAGCUCCCGAAGAAACUCAAGAACGAAGAUCAUGUGCGCGGAUCCUCCUCAGGGGCCUCUUUGCUGAUCCGUAUCUCGCUGUGA